AUGUCCAGCGGAGCCGCCGAACGGGCGAUUGGCAUCCGACUGCAGCGCAUCCGAAUAGCCCGGCUGACGAUCCGGGGCAGGCGGAAGUAUGCGCAGGAGGCUAUCGUCCAGGCUGCGGCUGCGGCUGCGAUGAACCGCGUCCCGGCAUCCUUUCUGGGCUACAGCCCGGGGUUCAACAUUGCCGGAUGCAUCCCUGAUCUAUCUGACGUGGGAGUCCUCCCCACGACUCCGAAGACUUGCGGCGAGAUGCUGACGGAGGUGAGGGAACGCAACGACGCGCCGCACAAGCGAGUGGUUGCGACUCCGGCGUCCGGGACAACACAGCACCGAUUCAAGGAUCCGGAUUGGGUAUUGGUCGACGUGGCCAGCCUAUGGGGUGACCACAAGAAAAGUCCGUGA